AUGGAAUUCAUCACGACGGAGGCAUUGCUCAUAUAUAAUCAGGAACGAGAAAACAGCACGCAAAUUAAACACGACUGGAAACCGGCUUACUGGGACGUUUCGGAAAAAUCGGAUGUCUGGAGCCUGGCUAUGACAGCCUGGGCGCUGAUGGUGGCUCACAAAGAGUCUGAAGAAACCUUCUACAAACGAGCCAGAGAAAGAACCGAUGGUUGGUAUUCCAAUGAAAAACUAAGGGAAGGAAACGUCGGCAAAGAUGGCGUUUUCCCAACAGCGUUGGAAGAUCUUCCCAAAGAAUACAGCGUGCGUCUCUGUAAGCUCGUCUCGUCCUGUCUACGAUAUCAUCCCAAGAGACGUCCGACUCUAGAUCGUCUGCGACAGGAUAUCGAUAACAACCUCUCCAAGUUGGACAGAAUGUACGGCGACGAGAUACACAAGCCCGGAGACGCUAUCGCUAAGGACUUUAAACUCGAAUUUAGCAAAGAUGACAGCGACGAGUGGGCGCUGUAUGCUCCUGGCAAGGAACAUAUGUCGUUCCGAAAACGUCGGAAGCGAGCAAAUACUGGCGCUCUUGAUGGGAAGUUAACUGACUUAGUUGCUUCUUGGAAAUCCAAGACCAGAGAUGCUCAAUCGAGUGCAGUGGCCCAAGGUCACGUACUAGAUCUCGUCGACGGCGUCGUCAACAGCUCACCGGACGAUGAGGUUAAAGCGCUACGAGAACACGAACCUCAUCUGAUCGCUUGGCGCUUCCUCUUUUCAAGUAUGCGCAAACGUACUUCCUCUGAAGCCAGCGUCUACAACACUACGCAGAACACCGAGGAAGUUCUACGUGAAACUUUCCAGAGCGACACCAAAAGGGCAGUACUUGCGAAGCUUCGUGAUACGAUCGUUCCCAUCGCUAUCCGGACCGCUGAGUCAGACGCACAGGAGGGCGCUGAUGAUACCACUGAUAUCAAGAGUUUCGACACAUUAAAACACGCGAUAGAAUGGGGAGUGGUGCUUUUGGAUAUCGGUGGAGAGCCCGGAACUCCGAGGUUGCGUGAGAAGACGGAGAUGCAUCGUGGCAUGCUUGAUUUCCUCUUUGAUCAACCAUUUGACCUGUUCUCACCGGGGAAGUCAGGCGCAGAUGAGGCAGAUGCCGAUGAUUCAGACUUUUCUAAGUCAUGA